CGACUACCUCCCAAAACAAAGCGGCUUUCCCUUGCUACCGUCAAAGUGUAACGACUGGACGACUGCGUAAUCCUCAAGAAGCGUUCUGUUAAAACUCUCAGUCUGCGGUGGCUUCCACCACUCACGGAUAUUUGUUUUCACUAUCCAAUCGCGCUUCUAGCACCACCUGAAAUGCUGCCAAUCUCUGUCUACGGCACUAAGAUCCUGUCCUCUUCGCAAUCCUCCUCCUCCUCAUCGUCCGGCACUGCCUCCGGCCGGGAUGCGGCGUUAGCUGGUCGACCCUCCGACCCCCUUGCCUCCUCUUCUCAGUCCUUGGCACCCGUGCUACGAGACGGUGAAAUCCCACUGACCUACGGUCUCGGUACGCGGACCAAUCCCUACGAUCUUCGCUCCGGUUUGCAGCUGCACCUCACCUGUCGCACGGGCUGCGGUUAUCCCAGGGCCGACCUAACUUGGACCGCUGUCAAUAGGGUAGGCAGUAUUUAAGACCGAAAUGUCUCGGCCUCCGAGUACUUAUGUACUUGAAACCUUGUUACCACGUUCCCCUUGGCUCUGAUCGAAAAGUAUGCUGUUUGUCCGUUGGAUGUGGACCUCGUCCUAGCAACCUGAAACAGUUUAUGCCCAGAUUGCACGAUACAUCACAGCAUGGGCAGCAUGGGUACUAGCUGACUGCCCAAGCCUGUUUCGCUGAUAUCCUGCCACUGCAGGACACAGCUUCGAGGAGUUCGGCUCAUCAAUGGGGUCCCCGGCGUUCCCUGCGUGUUUUCUGGUACAUACUACCAUUUUGAAAUUGCAGCUUUGUGAUUUGUUAUUUGCCAACUUGUAGCAAACCAGUCUACUUAAAGUUAGCAAUUAAUUUCUGGGGGAAUUAAAAACCCGCAAUUUCAAAACUUUAGUAUCUACUAGAGAGCACACAGAGAAUGCUAGGGGAUCCACUGAUGAGUCGAACUCCUCGCAGCUGUGUCUUGCAUCGACAGAAUAUUGGCGAAACACGUGUCGGGGCUUUUAGCUGGCACCCAUGCUGUCAAGCGUGGCGUAUGCAUAUACUACUGGCUGCCUUUUGGCAGUUUAUGAAUAUCACGCAGUUAUUCCACCGUGGUUGAUGAACUUCGGGCCGAACAUUCAUACCAAAUUUUAGUCUCAAACAGACUAAUUUACUCCAAGAGUUAGCGACUAGUUUCUGAGGAAAUUAAAAAGGUGUAGUGAAGCAGUUUGUGAAGUUGCCCUCAGGAGGCGUUGGGGACAAAUUUUUCGGAAGGAUAAUUAACCAUUGGCGGAUCCAAAAUGCGGUCUGACAGGAUUCUCGAGCACGGCAUUCGUUCAUUAUGGUGGGCGUGUUGUCGGCUCAAUGUAGCCGUAUUUCCAGAGGCUUUUUAGGAGGCAAUUCUUGAAAACGAUUGCCAGCAAUGAAGCUGUCAGUCUGUCUGGCGCUUCUCGGACAGAACGAAAUGGCCGCAUGCAGUUCUGCAAUUUGGUCAGACAAAUGCACGAACGCCCGGGUGAGGUUGGCAGUCGGUUAGAGUCACUGCCUCAAAGCCCUGUAAGCGUUAUAACCCUUUGCCAAACUGCUUUCGCGCCGAAUAAUCACCUCUCUAGCACCCGUUUAUUCCACAGUUUUAUGUUUGCGCUUCUUUUUCUGUCUGACUUUUCCAGAAGAUUGGUUUUCAUCUGGAGAUGGAGAAGGUACCCUAGAAGCCCUAAGUUUUACAGACAGUACUACGAAACUUUCUUUGCGAUACAAGCGAGGAUGCGAGUUCCAGAAACUAGUUGAUCAGAAAAAGAAAAAGGAGAAGAAGAAGAAGAAGAAGAAGAAGAAGAAGAAGAAGAGGAAGAGGAAGAAGAAGAAAAAGAAGCGAUCGCUGGAACAAGGAUUUUAUUCGCUUGAUGUUUCGGAUUCUUACUUGAACCCAACAUCAGAGACAGUGGCAGAAAAGGGGUUCAAGUGGGAAUCCGAAACGUCAGUCGAAAAAACCCUUGUUCCAGCGAUCGCUUUUUCUUCUGAGAAACUUUCUUUGCUCGGCUGGACGCGACUGUCAGCUCUGCGAGAAAUGCAACAGCCAACUUGAACCAAAGCAGAUCUAGCUCUCAAGCCGACUUAUUCUAACCGAUGUACGGUAAAAUGAUGACUGCAGUCCUAGAUUCCCCCAGCGAGACAACAUCAUCACCAUGCAGCAAUUUUUUCCGCUAUUCAUUUCAUGUGGUCGGUUACGCCGUCUUCGUCCCAAAUGUAAGCACAAGAUGGGCGCUGAAAGUAAAGUACGUCAAAGAGGGAUGCUGAAAUCGUUAGUGGGGAAAGCAGUCGAGGCUGAAACGGGGAAGGCAACCUGAUGUAUGACAAAUCGGCCGCGAGAUUAAAGGAAGCCUAGAAUCCCCGUUAAAGGCCUGGGUGGCAAGACACGCGGGCCAGCAAUACCCCAAACCUGACGGCCAACCUAACCCUAAACUCAAAGGUAAGCCCAAUCCUUAACGUAAUUGUAGGCCUAACGCCAAUCCUAAACUUAAUACUAAACCUAAACGUACAACAGACCCUUGCCCUAAGCCUAACCUUAAGCCUGACCUCAACCCUAGCAGUAACCCAAACCCUAACCUUGGCCGUAACCCUACCCUGACACUAAUCCUAACCCCAACCUUAGCAUUAAACGUAAGCCUGAGCUGCAAUUCAAACCCUAACUCCAACCAGAACCCUUAAACUUAACACCAAUCCAAACCCUAACCUCAAUCCUUAGCCUGACACCAACCCAAACUCUAAAACCAACCCUACCUCCAAACCGAAACAUCAGGUUUCCCUUUUCCCUUUUAGCUUUGGCUACUUUCCCACUAACGAUUUCAGCAUCCUCCUUCGGCUUGCUUUACUUGCAAUGCCCGCAUUGCGCUUACACUUGGGACUAGGGCAGCAUAACCGAUCCCUACCGGAAUUUGUUUUAAUCGUAGAUCAGUUGGUCUAUUUACUCGCUCUAAACUGACUUUUUCACUUUGUUUGUCUGAACCACAUUUUGAAGGUCAUGUGUACACUGCGCUAGCGUCGUUUCGAAGGAAAUUUAAUAUGGCAUAAAUUUCGCACAUAAUUCAUUCACGAUUAUCAAUGAUGCCGACGGUUGCAGUUUGCGGCUGAUACGUCACAUUUGUAGUCCUUCGAUGCUAUUUACUUCACGUACCCGUAUUUUUCCGCGGUAGAUAAAAAGCGUUUUGCCAAAAAAUUUUGGAACAUCCUUUCAAAAUCAAGUAUAAUCUCUCUCUCUCUGCCUCUCCCUCUCUCUCUCUCAGCCACUCACCCGCCCAAUAUCUUUGUACAUGCUAGUGGUUUUAAGACCUUGUGUUUUUCUUACACCCAACAUACGCUCCUUCUCUGAUCGUGCCAAUGAGACUUAGACUUUCCCCGGCCCAUCAUCAUCAUCCUGUUACCAGACACGGACACUCGAUUGGUGCAUGAGAGAGAGAAGUGAAAAUGAGACCGACGCCGGGGAAUCCAUCCCCACGGCACACCAGCACUUGAGUCUACAACGACGCGCUCUAAGUCGUGACUGGUAAGGUUGCCAACCAACAGGUCAGGCUCUAGUGACUUGUUCUUAAUGUGCACUCGCACACAUGUGAAAUCCGUGCCGCCCUUUCAGCAGCCUGGUGCAUGCAAUGGAAAUCGGAUCGUGCGUGGUACGCGUAGAGGGACUACUUAGUUAUAUCAGCCAUCGCGCAGGGGGUUUACCCCCAGUAGCCUUGACCUUGUCUACCCAGUUGAGCAAGGUGGCUGAGGGAGGAGAGAGUGCGGAAGAUGCAUCGCAAGUCCGUGCCACUGCAAGCUAAUUCGCGCGCGCGAGUCACCAUUGCUGGCCUACUCUGUAUGACACACGCACUGGGCCUUAGGAUUGGGUCUGCCCCUACCCUAAACCUAACCUGUCUCCAUCCUCUACUACGCAGCUGGAUUUACAAUUUCCCAGAGAAUUUUUAAGGACGCUUCUAGCCUAAUCUCAGCUUGAACGAAUAAGUCAGGACGGAGGAGGAGUACCUGCAAUGGUCUUUACCAUUUAGUGGCUGGAUUUCAAUCCGACGCCAGUUUAACUUCCCCUCCCUAUUCGUUCCCUUUCCAGUGAGAUGCCGACCAGACGCGCCCUCUUGGGGUGGUUAACAGACUCUGUCAAAUGCGCUUCGCAGGUUGUCGUCCGCCGCUACUCUUCAAACCAUUUUGUUUUCUCUCUCUCCCCUCCGAUAGCUACUGUUUCCUAUCUCGCAUUCAACUUUUUCUCCCCCCCUCCUCCUUCUGUGUAGACUGACACCCAGACGAAAAAACUGCCCGCCGACUCGAUAGUCGAUGCUGCACCCUGUUACGGUUCCGAUGCCACGAAAAACAUGACGACAACCAGAUCGGAGCUGGUCGUGCAUUGUGCAUCGCCCCCAUUGGUUGGUCUCAAUAGACUCGAAUGCACAGCCACCGGAGACUAUGAAGUCGCGGGUCUAACCAAACACGUUUUCGUUCUCUGUCCUGGUACGUUAUCCCUAUUAUUUAACUAUUUUUUAAUGUUUCUAUACUCCCUCCUGUUUGUAACCACAGCUAAUCUUCGUCAUCAGUCUGGAACCGAAAAGAAGCAAAUCUUUGCUUCGAAGAGCAAUUCGCCCCCUAGGCACCAGCUGUGUGUUCCUCGUUUUAAUACCUCUGAAUCUGGCGCGGUUGAAGCUUUCAUUUGCCAUGGUGGUAUUGACGAUGCCCGACUGUCUACCUUCGGGGUAGCAACCUUGCAAACUAUAGUUAAUGCGGAUAUAAAUGUAACUCAUGCGUGUUCCUGCUUUUUUCCUUCAGUACUAUCAGUGAGACAGUUUUGGCAUUGCCUCUUCAGUUGACCGCAUAUCCUGAUCCCCAGAAAGGAAAUAAGUCGUCGCAAUUUAGAGAAAAGGGUCCUCUGUAUUCCUGGUGAUGUGUACUUCAAGUGGUGCAGAAACGCUGGAUGCUCUGGGAAGGUGGACGAACAAUAGAGCAUUCGGAAGGUAGUGUGAGCAUGUGCGAGCUGAUAAGAAGACCGGAAAAUGAGAACAUUGAAAUAACCGUAAACAAUAUUGCCUGGAGACAUUUGCUGAGUCGUUCGUUAAUUGCUGAACAGUAAAACAUUCAUUCAGGAACGGUAACUGAAAGUUGGCAGCCCGUCUCCUCGAUCUCACGAUGCCGUACUUGGCGCCAAGUUAGUCCUUAUAGACACACCCUCUCGAUAUGUCUUAUUUACUUACUUGUACUUGGUACGGCUGUGAUUGUGCCUGAUCUAGCCGACCUCGAUGGUGUCCCGAACUGUACCCAUCUCCACGUGUGACGACCUACGGUAGCAGAUCUGGCCAGUUCAACCCAUUUUCUUCGACAACGAUGGAGACUGAAUACCGAUGGUUCAGGAAACACCUCCAUGUCUUGAUGAACUGUGUCAAGUCAGGUUUCGAGUUGACCCCCUCUUCGACGCCUCCAAUGAGGUAACGGUGUUGAAUCGACGACGCUGAUCUCCUGAGGUGGAGGUGCCAAAACCACCUCAGUCGGCUUUCUUGGAUUGCCUGGGUUAUCCCUACGAUGUUGUCGCAGCAGAUGCAGACUGUCUCAUUUGAGACGAAGUCUGUGUACGUCCCUCAAAGGAUGGUCCUUGCACAGUGGUGGUCAAAUACCUCCAUUUUUCGCUCGUCCUCCGCACGUACAGUCCAAUACUCACAACCAUAGAGAAGGAUGGACCGAAUAGAUCCACGGUACACGGGAAUAUUAAGUGGCGAUGGAGGCGUCGCGUCAGAUCCAUGGGCAUUUUUUAAGGCUUGAGAAAACCCGUCGGUGAUCGGCCAUCAGUGAUCCCGACCACGGCUAGCGUAGGCAGCUUUUUGUGCCUGUUGACCGAGCGGUUAUUGGACAUCCCGGCAUCGACAUGUGAUCGUCACCUUGACUCCCAAUCUCAAAAAGUCUUGUCUGCGCAGCAUCAGCUCCCACCUUCAACGUGGGGGUCUGGUUUCAGAUCCAGCCUGCCAGUCUUCGUGCUUCCGCGUCCCCUAUCAAUCGAUGAAUGGAGCCCCAUGUAUGACUUAACAUUAAUGCUGCGACCUCUCAAGGCCAAUCGACACAGUGCCCUUUGCUGAUUGGCUGUGGACUGACAAGGCCUAUUCGCACGUACUGGGGACUGACACUUGCCUGAUGAAACGACUUGCUGCACCCGCAUGCUCAUUCGCUUGUACGCUCCCUAACCUCAGAAAAGUAUGUCCUAUGACUCUGCCCGCUCCAACUUUUGAUCUGGGAAUCUCCGAGUUGUCGAGUCGUUCCACUUCGAUAUGGUCACCAGUUGGCUGUCGGUGUUAUUUCCGGUGGUAAGUUCUAGGGGGGAGGGAGGGGGAAGUAGAGCUUCCCCUGUUGUGACUUGUAGAUCGCUGAUGAUGGAAUUCCUGUGCUGUGUACAGCCGUCAGUCUCCUCCUGAUCAACGAUGCCGAACAUGUAGUUAGGGUAGCAUGCCCAAACGUAAGGUUUAUACGCCGCGAAAGGUCGUCCUUCGAGAUUUUAGAGGACCAUCUCACCAACUAACUCAGAGAGUCCUAAAUCAGUCUGACGCCUGUUUUGGUUCGACGCAUCUUCAGUAAAGUCCUAUGCGGGUUGUAUCAAGUCAGUGUGCAGCCGUGAUUUGUAUUAUUACAUUUACUUUCCCAAACUCGUCUUAUUUUUAAUUGGCGCCCUGUGCAGUGAAAUGCGAUGUGGUGAGACGUGCAAGAUCAUGUUCCUGUAGGUCUUCAAAAGUCGCUUCUGCCCCUUUUUUCGGGUUUUUCUCCUCUGGGCUCUUGUUGUUUUGGCGCCCAACUUCGAGGCAGUCGUUACCUGAGAACUCACUUAGUGGUAGAGUGGCGCACACCGAUCGUUCUUACGGAACGCACUCGUUCCGUUGUGCCUCACGGGCUCUCUCUCGAGCCCAACCAGCAGCAACACAACGGCGCAUGAUAUAGGCCGAAUGUUAUUACCGACAAGGACAAAGGAGACUUGAAUGACAAUUUCUGGCUUAUUAGCGGUCGUCAGUCAGUCAUACCCAACCCCGAAGUGUGGAACACCUGAGCCUCGAUCCCGCGACCUGUUAGUUAGAAAUCCAAUGCCUCUAACCACUGAGCCCGGGGCUCGUUGUCCUGUCGGUUUUGAUCGGGAAUUUACAAUGGUAGAGGGGCGCUCACCGAUGACACCUCGGGUUCACUAUGUCCUAGUGCCGUUAGUGGACUUUGUGGUGUUUUAUGGGCUGGAACCCACCUCUUUGCGCUCUGAUGGCACAACUACCGUUCGUGUGUCAACAACUGCUCAUUCUUUAGCCUCAGGAUUCUGUUUACCCCGCAAUUAACAUUCACUGAAGGUCGUUCGCCUAUUUUCAGCCAGUUGAUACGCUAAGUAGCCAGAAGCCAGGCUAAGAGUUGGUCACUUACUGGUAAAGUCGCUUAGCCUCCCCCCCUACCGCGGUUUAACGCCUCACCGCCUUCUUGAGUAACUUCCGUGGGUUAACAAUUUCGUCGUCCACCUAACAUUUCCGGUGGCAAAAUCAGAACAGCGGUUUCAAAAGGGUAUUGGACUGUGGACGUUACGCCCACCAUUUAAACCGCAUGGGGACUCUCUGAUGCCGAUUAUGAUCAACACUGUCAUGCUGGACAAUCCAAAAGGAGUGAGUGCAGUAAUACGCUAAAAUUUUAUCCUUGCCGGUGGAUCGGGAACGUCUUCCAAAAACGUUCCCAUUUCCUAUAUUGCAGCACCGGCGUUUACCACAUUCAACCAAACACGAGGACAUCUGAACAUCUCUAGAAAACCAAAUACGAAAUUUAGGGUGUUUGCUUACCGCUUUGUGAAUAUGGAGCACACAAGUUCGCCUGCUUGAUGUCAGUUACAGUGAAAUUUUAACCGGAAUUCUGAAAUGAGUUUUCGAUUAGAAAGGAUUACUUAGGUGGGUUGUAAUACUGAUUAUCAUGCGACAUAGUCCCCUAACAUUCAGAAUGGGCCAGGAUGUCGGCUUUUGGAUGCACUUCUUCGACCUAUAGAAACCGUACUCGGUAGGAAAUGACUACUUAAUUAGCAUGCCUUUUUUACAUUGGUUUUCGAUGGUCUUACAAAUUCAAACAUAUUUUAUAGAAAACGUGCACAAAAAUAACCUCUUACUCCUUUGGUGUAAAAUCAUGUUGUCUCCACAGUUUGCACCCAUAUUCAGGAGAUAUUUUGGCUUCGAAAAAGUUUCUAAUUCUGAGAGUUUUUAGCUUUGUGUAAUGUCUAUUCAUACAGCAUCGUGCCCGUACGUUUAUCAAUGCUCCUCCUGAAAUGUAUAACGUAGUCCGCGUUGCAAAAUUUUAUGAUCUCUAUAUGGUAUCUUCUUAUAGGCCUAGAGGAAUAUAUGAUUCUUACGCGGAAAUCGUUAGCGUUAAUUCGACGGCUGAUCAGGCUCGUAAUUGUUCAACAACUGGAAAACUUUUUUAAAACCAAAAAAUAUUCCCUCAUCAGGUAUAAAGUAUGAAGACAACGUGACUUUCUACAAAAGGAGUAAAAGGAAACAUAUUUUGUGCAAGGUUUCUAUAAAAUAUAUCUUAAUGUAUAAGAUCGUCGAAAAUCAAUGUGAAAAAUGCAUGCAACUUAAGUAUGCACUUUUACCGAGAGCGGUUUCUAUGGAAGGUCUAAACGAGUCCAAACUAUUAUAGGAUUAUGCCGCAUGGUAAUCAGUACUGCAACCCCACUUAAGUACACCUUCCUAAUCGAAAACGCAUAUCAGAAUUCAGGUUAUCAUUUCAAGAGCUCGCUCGCUGCCUGUAAAUACUUCGUUCCAGUUGAAAACUUACCGAACAUAUACCAUUCAAUAUUUCAUGAGUGGAACACUUCAUGCAUUGCGUUCCAUACCAAGCUACAAUGAGGGGGGAUCUUGGACCUCGCACAGGCGAAAGUUGCCAUAGAGAUCACAUUAAGGAGGAGCUAUUUCAACCGGAUCGUCAGCCAUGAGCUGGACCGAGUUACCGCCGCAACUGCCAAACUUCUCAGACGCAACUGAAAACGCGCCCUGUCUGACCUCUCCAAGAGACAGUUAAUGUCACACAGACGCCAGAAAAUUAUAUGCAGAGACAGGGGAAAACUCACUCGAAAGAGAAAAGGACAGAGGCCGAUCCAGCCUUCCGGGAGGGUGCCAUUCUAGACGAUAAACUUUCCAUUUUUGGUGGCUGCACCGAGCAAAAAAAACAUAUUGUGUGAUUACUUACCGUACUAACGCAGUUACUUGCCAAAAACCCCGACACACGUGUCUCGCCGAUUAUGUGCCGCUGCUUGACGCGGCUGCGAGGGGUUCGGCUCAUCAGUGGGUCCCCCUCUUGUGCUUUGUCAGGCAGUAGCGCAAGACCGGCGGUGCACGCGUGUCUGGGCUUUUAGCUAGUACCUGUGUUGUCCGUACUGCAAAUGAUUAAACAUUGUUACAUGUAGUUAUGGUGAUGACACUUAGGGCUCAUAAAACGUCGUUGCCCACUUCAUAAGCAACGUUAAAAAUGUGCUGAUGCCAUGUUGUGCUAAUUCAAAUAUAUUUUAUAAAAAACAUGCACAAAACUAUUUUUCCUUUCGCUCAUUUGGUAGCAAAUAAAGUCUUCUUUAACCUUUGUACUUUAAAAAGGAGAUUUUUUAGUUUUAAAAAAUCUCUGAAUUCCCGAAGCAUUGUGAACUUGGCCUGCCGUUGUACUUGCAUCUAGGGUUUCUGAAGUAUAAGCUGUUUACUUUGCAUACAAGGGAAAUCACACAUUGUUAUAUUGUUUUGUUUAAUUUCCGAGAAAAUUAAUGCGUGGACUUGGAGUAAAUCCUUUGGAACAGAACUUUUCAGGCACGAUCUUAAAUUUGAUGUGAGUACUUGAGCUGAAAUCCAUUAGUUACUGCGAAAUAGCCGCGUAACAUUCACAAAAUUUAUAAGCAACAUUCAAAAUGGGCUGAUGCCAUGUUGUAGUAAUUUAAAUACAGUGGGUGGGCUAACUCAUGAAAUGUCAACCGAAAUUCCGAAAUGCGUUUUCGUUUCGAAAAGAGUAAUUAAGUAGGAUUGUAAAACUAAUCAGCCUGCCAAAUAAUUCUAUAAUAUUUCAGUAACCUCAGGAUGCCGGCUCUCGAAUGAACUUCCUUCCGGCUGCAUGCAAAACUACACUAUGUAAAAAAUGACUUCUCAAUUGGCAUGCAUCUUUCUCAUUUAUUUUUGAUGACCUUAAAAAUUCAAUUAUACUUCAUGCAAAACACGUAAUAAAAUAUUCAGUUUUAGCUCUUUCGGUAGACAAUUACGUCUUCUUUCAGUUUUACACUUGAAGGAAGGGUAUAAUUAUGAUGCAAAAAUUUCUAAUUGUGAGACUUUUCAAUGACGUGAAAUGGCCGUUCAUAAAAAGUCACGCCUCUGUAUUUGCCAAUGUGGCUUGUAAGGUUAACAAUAUGAUUCAAAUCCACUGCUAAAUGUUAUGAACUCUCCUCUUAAUACCGUAGAGAAAUAUAUCGUUUUCCGUACGCAGAAAAUAUACGACUUGUAGUUUGGAAACCCUGAAUGCAAGUGUAACGGCAGGUCGGGUUCAAAAUUAUUCGGAAGUUGGAAAAGUUCUUGAAAACCAAGUUACAUUCUUCGAGUAUAAGGUUGGAAGAAGACCUCAUUUUCUGCCCAAUGAGAAGGGGAAUGAAUAUUUUUAUGCAUGUUUUCCAUUAAAUAUAAUUGAAUUUUUAAGGGCAUCAAAAAUCAAUGAGAAGAAUGCAUGCCAAUCGAGCAGUCAUUUUUACGUAGUAUAGUUUUUGCAUGCAGCCGGGAAGAAGUUCGUUCGAAAGUCGGCAUCCUGAGGUAACUGAAUUAUUAUACAAUUAUGCUGCACGAUGAUAAGUAUUGCAACCCUACUGAAUUAUUCUUUUCGAAACGAAGACGCAUUUCGGAAUUUCGGUUGACAUUUCAUAAGUUAGCCCAUCUACUGUAUGUUUUAUAAAAAAACAUGCACAAAACUAUUUUUCCUUUCGCUUAUUUGGUAGCAAAUAAAGUCUUCUUUAACUUUUAUACUUUAAAAAAACAUUCUUUGGUCUUAAAAAGCUCUCUCAAUUCCCGAAGCAUUGUGAACUUGACCUACCGUUACACUUGCAUCUAGGGUUUCUAAACUACAAGUUGUAUACUUUUCAUAUAAGGCAAAUUACACAUUUUUAUAUUGCUUUAUUUAAUUUCCGAGAAAAUUAAUGCACGAACUUGGAGUAAAUCCUUCGGAACAGAACUUUGCGGACACGAUCUGAAAUUUGAUGUGGAUAUUUGUGCUGAAGUCCAUUAGCUACUGCGAAAUAGGCGCGUAGUAUUCACAAACCGACAACAGGCAGCCAGUAAUACACAAUUUUGCAGCUACUUACAGAAAGGUAUUAGCUGAAAUCCCAGACACGCGUGUUUUGCCGAUCUUGUGCCGCUGCCUGACGCAACUGCGAGGGGAUGGGCCCAUCAGUGGAACCCCAGCCUGAAAUUGUCUGUCCCCAACAAUUUACUCCAAGUUCAUGCAUUAAUGUUCUCGGAAAUGAAAUAAGGCAAAGAAAACUUAUUAUCGGCUCCUAUCCGGAGGACCAGAAAGAACAAGACACGUGAGAGCAUGCUAGUAACAUUUUCCGAAACUGGCCGCAGUGUGUUCAGGUGUGAGCACGUCCAUUCAAAAGCAGAAAACAAGGACCCCAACAUAUGGCAGAUAAUAUCGUAUAUUUUGCAUCUUGAUAACUAGCCCAUUUCCCUCAUCUCAUUACUCAAUUUUCGAGCCUCUGUAUUUCUCUAUCCACCGUACUCACCAGAUUUUUGUACCAUACCACAUCUUCUGUCUGUUAAAAAGGUCAUUCUCGGAGAGAGAGAGAGAGAGAGAGAGAGAGAGCACAUCCCAAGGCAGUGCUUUAAAUACUGAAACAUAUGGAGGCUGAAUGAAACCCAUCUUCCUCAUCUGCCCACUAAGGGUACUUUUAGACGUGCCUGUGCCUUCAGGGGUAGAGCACGUCGACGCAGACCAUAUUACAGUAUAUGACGUGUCUAGUGAAACGCUAACUGAAAUUUCUAAAUAGGCUAUCGACCAGAAGAGAUCGCUCGGGUAGAAUUGCAGUAUUGACUGUCAGGCAGCAUACGGUAUUUCGGCCGGCUUUUGAAUGCCCGGCCUUCUGGCCACAUGCAGUAACCAUGUUCGAUAUAGAAAGCUAAAUAAGUAGUGUGGAUUUUUGUUAGGGAUUUUUUCGUUCCCAUAUGCAUAUGCGUUCCAGCAUGUUUUAUAAAAAGCAUAUACAAACAUAUCCCACCCUGCACUCCUUUUGUGACAGCUUACGCCGUCAGAUUUCCUAUUCAAAGAAGUGCCGCUUUCGAUCUAAAAAAGCUUGCAGUUAUGAGAUUUUCUAAGACCGUGAGAUGCCUAUUCAGACAGCAUCACAUAGGUAGGUAUAUAUAUGCGCCUCUUGAGGUAUAUAAUGUGAUUUUGUGUUAAUUGCAAAAUUUUAUAAGUACCUAUACGUCGUGGAGAAAUGUAUGGUAUCCCGUAAAUAGCAAACGUACAGCAUGUAGUUUAAAACCGUUGCAAAAUUACGCCAUAUCGCUUUUUCGAUAGAAAACGAAUAAAACGUACUUUUCCGCAAAAUGUAUAAAAGGAAGAAUUCAUAUUGACCCAACUGUGAAAAAUUCGGCGCCUCGGUGGGAUUCGAACCCACGCCGUAAGGGGAAGGCUUUAGUACAGCCUAGGCUCUAACCACUUGAGCUACGAGGCCCCGCGGACGACGCGAGUUUAAUCACAUUUGGGUCAAGUUACCCGCCCAAACUACUGCGACGUCUGGAAUUCACCAAAUCUGAUACAGUACGUUGACUGCCCAAACAGGAUUUCCUAAGUAAUUCACCUACAAUCCACCAGAUGACUACCAGGCUCACGUAAUACAUAGAUGUUUUGGCAGAUUUUGGAAUAAUUCCCGCUCGGGCAGUCAACUUACUUUAUCGGAUUUGGUGGAUUCCAGAGGUUGCAGUAGGUUGGGCGGGUAACUUGACUCGAAUGUGAUUAAACUCGUGUCGUCCGGCGGGGCCUCGUAGCUCAAGUGGUUAGAGCUUUAGCUGUAAUAAAGUCUUCCCCUUACUGCGUGGGGUCGAAUCCUACCGAGGCGCCGAGGUUUUCAUAGUUGUAUCAGUAUGAAUUAUUCAAAAUCUGCCAAAGCAUAUAUGAAAAGGAAGAAUAUCUCUGGGCCUGUCUUCUAUGGGUAUGCUUGUGCGUAUGCACUCACCCCCCCCCCCGUAGUCAUCGUGACUUUUCCGUGCACAUUCAAACAACCGGUACCUUGGCAUGACGAAAAUAUUUUGGUACUUUGCGACAUGACAAUUAUCAUCACAACACCCCCUUUCAUAAGUAAUCCCUUCCCAACCGAGAUCAUUUAGUUAUUGUUUCACCUGUUAAAGGGAAAUUUCAUGGCGCCAGUCUGGGUAUUUUCUGUCUAUCAGUAGAGUUCAUGUGUGGUAAUUCAUUUCAGGCGGUGAAAAGGCGCUCCUCUUGACAGGUGGAGAGAUGAUUGGAAUCGCCGUCGGCUCCUGUAUCGUUCUCGGUUUUCUCAUCAGCGGCUGCAUCCUCCUUCGUCGGCGCAGCAAAGAAACAGUAGUCACUCCCAACGGUUUCGCCCGUGGACAAAUGGUCUAG